CACGAAGAAACCGGUUCAACAAGUUCAUCGCACAAAAACACACCAGUUCCCCCUCGCUCAUCGCAAUGUCCGACGCCCCCGCCGCCCCUGUCACCGAGAACGGCGUGUCUCCCGCUACCCAGGAGAAGGUCGUGGAAGAGGCCCCCGGCUUCAAAGUACGUCGCAUGCCCUCUGACGUGGCAUGCGUUGACCCCCGUCCACCCAGGUUUUCGCCGGUAACCUGGCGUACUCUACCACGGAUGAAGGGCUAAAGGCAUUUUUUGCUCCUGUCGAGAGCGACAUGUAUGUAUCGCCUCGCAUACGUCGGCGGCCAUCGCUCACUUUGGCCCCUCAGACUGACCGCGCAGGUCAUCUUCCGGGGCACACGCUCAGCGGGCUAUGGCUUCGUGUCCGUGGCCACCCCUGAGGCUGCUCAGAAGGCAGUCGAGCUCCUCGACAAGCAGGAGCUUGACGGACGUCAGGUCAUUGUCGAGGUCGCUAAGCCGGCAGAGCAGAAAGACCAGGAGAAGAAGGCGAAGAAGGCCAGCAAGAGGCGGCCCGGCCGUCGUGGUAGCAAGAGCGUACCUGGCGAAGUCACCGAAGCCGAGGCCAACGGCGAGGCUGCCAAUGGCGACGCCGACAAGGCCGACGGCGCCACUUCUGCUGCAGAGGGCGAGAAGCCCAAGAAAAAGAAAAAGAACAGCCGCAAGUCGAAGGCGGCGAAGAAAGCUGCGGCUGAAGGUGGUGAUGCUGCUACAGACGCUGCUCCCGCCACAGAGGGUGCCGCAGAGGGGGCUACCAAGAAGCCUCGUACGCGGAAGCCCAAGACUGUUAGGCCCCCGCGCCCUGCUGGCGAGGACCCUGCAGGGGAGCCGUCCAAGACCGUCCUCUUCGUGGCGAACCUUGGCUUCAGCAUCGAUGAUGACGGCCUCGCUACGCUGUUCACGGAGGCUGGCGUCCCCGUUAACUCUGCUCGGAUUGUCCGCCGUCGCUGGGGAAAGCCGCGCAAGAGCAAGGGCUAUGGCUUUGUUGAUGUGGGUGACGAGGAGCAGCAGAAAAAGGCCAUCGAGCUUUUGCAGGGCAAGGAGGUUGAAGGUCGGGCUAUUGCUGUCAAGAUCGCUGUCAACUCGCAGACCGAGGAGGGUGCCGAGAACGGCGAGACAGCUGACCCUGUUGCGAAUGGUGGCGAGGCGAAGCCCGAAAGGGAGGCUACUCCGGAGGUGACUGUCGUUGCCUCCUAAACGUCCGAACACGUUUGCGGUCUGCAUCAGAGACCGUAUCAAUCCCCACUUCCUAACGUACAUCUCGUCUUCGUUCAUCACCUUUACCCCCGCGCCCGGCUGGAUCCAUCCUUGUUGAGGUUGACGCAAACUGGUGUUGUUUCUCCCGCCAUGCUUCCCCGUCGUGAUCGCCUAUGGUUAAUCAGUGCGGUCUGGAGUCGUUUCUUUGUCGAUAGCUGGUGUGGUCGCUGUCGUCAAUUUGCUAGCGACUGACACCUGCCCGUGUAUUUAUGAUUGUUACGACCCGUACGAAACGCACAUCUUCUAUCCCAUCACCGGU